GUUUUGACGGCACAAACAGAAAACAGUUUGAGCAACGAGGUGAUCAUUGUGUAAAAACGCGCUGCUUUUCCGCCACUUUUCUUCAACGUAAACGACUCGGACCAAAGUGCUACAGAAUGCCCAAGAACAAGAAAAAAGAAUCUUCAACAGAUUCUGAUACCAGCUUCGAAGACCGUACACCGGCGAAGCAGCCGAAGAAGGCCGACAAAAGCUCCGAUGAUGCCGGUCAGGUUCCAAACAGCUUCUCAUUAGACAAAAAUCGGAAAUUGACGGUUACUGAAUUCAAAGGCAAGGUGUACGUUGGCGUACGGGAGUAUUAUGAAAAGGAUGGCAAGGAAAUGCCUAGUAAGAAAGGAAUAAGCCUCACUGUACCGCAAUGGAAGCAGUUGCUCGAGCACGCAGAUGCCGUCAAUGAGCUAAUAAAGAAGUUCUAAAAGCGCAAAUGUCGGACACAGUCCCUAUUCAUUAUUUUCUCUAGCAGAAAAGUAUACCGCUGUAAACUUCUUUUGUUUUUGUUAAUAAAUUACUGCUUUCCUGCUGAGUUGCAGGUGUCGUGAA